AUGGCCCUCUUUACCCUUGAUCCUGACGGUGUAGGCGCUUGGCUUCGGAAGUCCUUCACCGUCUACAACUCCGCCCCGCUCUGGGGAAUAUUGACAUGUCGGACAAGCCCGUUAGGUAAGGUACCCCGCCAUUGCCAGUCGAAAGCGUUGAUCAAUUUCGAUAAUCAAGUGCCUGGGACUGCAUGUAUUGAGGCGUCAAGGCUGGGGAGUAUACCGGUACCUAGCCGUCUGCUUGACGCAAACAAUCUGCACCCCGUCCUCGAAGCCCAGCACUACACGGCCAAACCAGGGUUGAAUACACGCACCCUGGUCCCACCGCCUCAUCAGAGGAUUCAUAACCAUGUAGCGCACCGUUGUAGAUCAUGGCACCGAGCAAAGCGCCUAAAUGCGCCGUGGGGGCGCGGCAUAUACCAUUAUUCGGGCCUAGAGUUGAUGGCAUGA